AUGGCCGCUUCACCAGGUAUCCCGCUGGAUACCGCUGUCAUCAUGUCAUCAGUGCUAGAAGGCAUUUUAUAUGGCUUUUCAGUCCUAAUGUUUUUAGGUACUAUCUGGAUAAUCAUCUACAAACGUCGCACACGCGACGUCAAUCGACCAGCUGUUGCAGUUGCCACCCUAUUGUUCUUACUGAGUACCGUGCACAUGGUCGUAGGCAUCAUUCGUAUUGAAGAUGGACUAGUGAAGCAACGUGACACGUUUCCAGGCGGCCCAGCGGCGUUUUUUGCAGACAUUUCCGAAGAAACGCUUGUAGUCAAGAAUGCGAUACUCGUCUUACAAACCCUGCUUGGCGACGAAUUCCUCCUCGAUCAAAAGAUUUAUCGAUGUUACAUUGUGUGGCAAUCUGUAUGGAUUAUUAUUAUACCUUGCAUAUUGUGGUGUGGUAUCGCAGCGUUCGGCGUUGUUACGCUCUAUGACUUUUCGCAAGCGUCGAGUACUAACAAUGUCUUCACCAAAAAGACUGGACAUUUGGUCGCGACGUUCAUGGCCUUGACACUUGCAACAAAUUUGCUUAGUUCAGGACUGUUAGCCUAUCGCAUCUGGAAGAGCGAACGUAAGGUCUCCGGAAUCCGCGCUACAAAGAGGAAGAUGCCUUUAUUGCGCGUGUUCCUAGAUGCUGCUAUUUUGUACUCUGCAGCGCUCUGCUCCUCGAUCAUAUGUUUCGUCCUCUCGAACAACGGACUGUAUGUUAUGGCAGACUUGAACGUCCCGAUCAUCUCGAUUGCCUUUUACAUGGUCUUCAUUCGCAUGACGAGUAGUCGACACAAUCGAGAUUACAUCUCAACUGUUCUUGGAGGGGGAAGUGGAUUAGAACACAGAAACUCGCAGCAAUAUCCUAUGCAGUCUUUGCACGACAUAUACAGGCAAAAUGAUACUACAUCCUUCUUGGCUGAUAACUCAAAAGCGCGUACAUUAGCAUAAUAAUCUAUCUAGCUUAGUAUGUAUCUGCAUGAGUUAGAACAGGAGUAUGUAGUUAGGAGGACAAUGAUCGAUAGACGUCAAGCGCACAUGGCGCUAGACCAAUUUAGACGACAGGUGGAGCUCAGCGCUCAGCACGGGCACAGGUGGAGCACAGACAGAAGAGUCUGUCGUACUUAUAUAUUGAAGAUGUAUUGUCCCCACUCAUUUUCAUGUAUCCACGGCUCGAUAGUGCGCGUUAAAUACAACCUGGCUUAUGUACUGAACACGGGACGCUCUUGAAGCUUGAAGCUUGAGAAUCUGAACAUUAGUCACCAUCACCACCUCACUCUAUCACGAGCGGAAGAGGAUGAGAUGCUGUCC